AUGCUAUUUGUGGAAGGUAUGCCUCUCCUCUACUUGGAACUGGCAAUUGGACAGAAGUUUCAAAAGGGAAGCAUUGGGGUUUGGAAUGCCAUUCACCCCUAUCUUGGAGGAAUCGGUGUUGCAAGUGCAGCUGUAUCGCUGCUUUUGGCUAUCUACUACAAUGCCAUCAUAACCUGGUGCUUCUUCUACAUGUUCAAUUCAUUCCAGAAAAACCUACCUUGGGAGAAAUGCCCCACAAUCGUUAUCGACAAUAUCACUGUACCAAAUGAAGAGUGCGAUUUGGCAGGACCCUCGUCCUAUUACUGGUACCGUGAGGCCCUGGACAUAUCCCCAGGAAUUGAUGUGACUGAGGGUAUCAAUGUUAAAAUAUUUGGUUGUUUUGUAUUUGCUUGGAUUGUGGUCUAUUGCUGCGUUUGCCGCGGAAUCAAGUCAUCAGGCAAGUUUCUUUUUUUUUUCUUUCUUUUUCUUUUUUUUCUUUUCUUUUUUAGUCUUUUCUUUCUCAGUUUCUUUUUUCAUUCUUCUUCCUUUUUUCUUUUUAUUUCUUUCUAUCUUUCAUUUUUCUUUUUCUUUCUUUUGCUUCUUUCUCUCUUUCUUUUUUAUUUUUUCUUUCUUUCUUUCUUCCAGCCAACUUUUCAUUUUCAGUUUGUUUGCUUCUUUCUUUCUUUCUUUCUUUCUUUCUUUCUUUCAGCCAACUUUUCAUUUUCAGUUUGUUUGCUUGUUUCUUUCUUUCUUUCUUUCUUUCUUUAG